CUUUCCUCCAGCUGUCAGUCAUGAGGUCACUUCCUGCGGGUGUGAGCUCCAUGGCUCUGCUUUGUAUGGAUAUGGUGGGGGAUUUUUGACAGCGGCAGCGCUGCUGGGAAACAAACAAGGACGUGGUCGGGGUCGGGGGACUAUUUUUUCCCUCCUCGCUCCUCUCUCGAUCCUACACCGACCGCUUCUCAACCCAGCGAGAUUUCCGAGGAUAUGGCGGCUUCGGAUUGGGCUGUCUAUUGUAAGUCUGAUGAGUGAAAGUGCCGCUGACCCGCUCCUCCACCGUUAUGGUCGACAUGGAGAGCCAUUACCAUCCCCCUUCGCCCCUGGAGGACUCGGUACUGGGCAGCCCCCUGUGCGCCGAUCACGACUUCAUGGGCGGCAUGGAGGAGCUCCAGGACAUCUCCCAGUCCAUCGACAACGACGCCCUCAGCUCCUUUGAUGUCCCCGAAUACCAGUCCUCCAGCAAUGGCUCUGAAGGUUCCACUGUUCUAGAUGCCCUGACGCCAGCAUCCAGCCCGUCGUCGGUUGUUUACGGGAUGGCAGCGGGCCAGGAGGAGUUCUCAUCUGCCUCCUCAUCGCUCAAUCUAGAGUGUCGAGUUUGUGCUGACCGUGCCUCGGGCUAUCACUACGGAGUCCACGCAUGCGAGGGCUGCAAGGGUUUUUUUAGGCGGACCAUCCGUCUGAAGCUGGAGUAUGACAAGUGUGAGCGUCGCUGCAAGAUCCAAAAAAAGAACCGCAACAAGUGCCAAUACUGCCGCUUCCAGAAGUGCCUGUCGGUGGGAAUGUCCCACAACGCCAUCCGUUUUGGUCGGAUGCCCCAGUCAGAGAAGCUAAAGCUGAAGGCGGAGAUGGUAACAGGGGACAGGGAGGUGGAAGACCCCCAGGUAGCCGACCAGAAGACGCUGGCCCGGCAGAUUUAUGAGGCCUUCCUCAAGAACUUCAACAUGAACAAGGCCAAGGCUCGAACCAUUCUCACCGGCAAGACCAGCACCCCUCCUUUCGUCAUCCAUGACAUGGAGACCCUACAGCUGGCAGAGCAGACACUUGUGGCAAAGAUGGUGGGCUCAGCAGGAACGCUAAAGGACAGGGAAGUAGAAGUACGGAUUUUCCACGUCUGCCAGUGCACGUCGGUGGAAACCGUCACCGAGCUCACCGAGUUUGCAAAGUCCGUCCCUGGGUUCUCAAGCCUGGACCUUAACGAUCAGGUGACUCUUUUGAAAUAUGGCGUGUACGAGGCCCUCUUUGCCAUGCUUGCCUCCAGUAUGAACAAGGAUGGGCUACUUGUAGCGUAUGGCUCUGGCUUCAUCACCCGGGAAUUCCUCAAGAGCCUGCGGCGGCCAGUCAGUGAUAUGAUGGAGCCAAAGUUCCAGUUUGCAAUGAAGUUUAACGCGCUGGAGCUGGAUGACAGUGACCUGGCACUGUUUGUUGCUGCUAUCAUCUGCUGUGGAGACCGCCCAGGCCUGGUGAAUGUGGCACACAUUGAGCGAAUGCAGGAGAGCAUUGUGCAGGUGCUACAGCUCCAUCUGCUGGCCAAUCACCCCGACGACUCUUUCCUCUUCCCCAAGCUACUGCAGAAACUGGCUGACCUCCGGCAGCUUGUCACUGAGCAUGCACAACUGGUGCAGGAGAUCAGAAAGACAGAGGACACCUCACUGCACCCACUCCUGCAGGAGAUCUACAGAGACAUGUACUGAGGGUUGUGGAGGAAUAACCAGGAGAGGCACUCUACAAAUAAUCUCCUUUUUUUGGGGACAGAAGAAAAAGAAGAGUCCUCCAUAAGCUAGGUUGAACCACUUAAACCCCCAUAAUGCAGCAAGAGUUAGCUUUGGCUUCUGGUCAGCACAAGAGGUCCCGUUAAGCUCCUGGUAAGAGGCUGAUGAUUUUCUUGGCUUGACACAGUGCUCGCCACUCCAUUGUGUGGACCUUCAUUGGCAAACAGUCAUGUAUUUAAAGACGUGAUGUUCACAGCUGAUUGAGCCCCUAUCUAGAUACCAGUGUAUGCAAUCUCUGACCAAACACGUAAUGCUAAUUUGAUGUAGUUGAGGUGAUCUCCAUGGUUAUCCCUAUCCUGACCCUUACAAGCCCUUAAAUGAGGAAAAAAACAUGAACUUGAUAGUCACCACUCCAGCAGUAUGCUUGAAAGUAGAUUUUUAUACUGAUGUCAAAGAGCAACAAGCCAUAUACCUUCACAGCUAACAACGGCCAUAUGACUUCAGUAGGCAGCAACAUUAAGACAGUAAUGAUACAGUUUCCAAGCAAGGCAGCUACUGCCAAAUUGGCUGUCAAUAACGGGUGGUGAUGGUUAUCCAUGCACCAGCCCCCCCCAGCAUGUUCCUUCCCCAUUUGUAUACCCAGAGACAUAACUGUGGUGCCACCAGGCUCCUGAACAUAAACAUGUAUUUGUACUGUAAGCCUUUUAAGCCAUACUGUGUUUGUAAUGAUACUGGAAAUGAUUAAUGUCUCUUUUUCAAGUCUUUCAUUGAGUUGCCAUGGUCAUCCAGUCUUUUUUCAAACAAGUUUUUGAGGUCACUAACCUCAGUUAGGAGUAGCUGUGCCCAGUCCUCAUCUGACAUCAUUUGUUUGAUUGCCGCACGCCGCUCACUUUUCUUUGUUUUGGCUCGGGUUUCACAGGAAAAACCAGCAAUAGACAUGCAGAUAGGCAACUAUGUUUUAAGCAGACAAAUCCAGAUCUUUAGUUUAAGUAAAUUGUCAUUUGGAAGCCCAAUAUCAAGUUUUAAAUUUCUCUUACACAUCUUACACUGCGCCAAAACCCCAAGAAUCUGGAGAUAUCCUUUUUUUUUUUAAUUCCUGCAGAAUCUGGAUCAUAUUUGGUGCAUAUCUGGAGUUUUUUUUAUAUGCUUUAUGCCAGGUCAAAUACUGAGCCAGAUUUGCCUCAUGUAGUAUACUGUGUGUGUUUUUGUCAUUGAAGCAUAUAUGGUGUACAGAUAUAACACUAUAGGUGAUAUUUUGACUUUGAUAUUUAACUGAUAUGAAUUAUAUACACAGCAAAUAAAAGUAUGAAUUGCUGUGCACUGUGUCUGGGGCAAUACUAAGUCAGUAUUUGUGGUAAGGUAAAAUACGAUGUCCAUGAACAUCAUGUCACAAUAUCCGAAUAUGACCUCAUGGCAAAUAUGAAGAUAUCUGAACUAAUUCAGAUAUCUUCAUAUUUAUCUUCAUAUUUGUAAUUUUCUACUUUUUAUACUGGACCUCCUGUUAAAUGCCUUUUUCACAAAACACAUGCACAGACAUUUGGCACUCCAUCUGGUUUUGUGUUCUGGUAUUCAAGGGCUAACACCAAGAUAAACCUUGCAACCUUGGAUUGCAACCUUAAUACAGGCAGACUUAAAGUGGAUUUGCCAGAAAUGAAUUCAUCUGUUUCUUAAUUUCUCACUUGUUGAAUGCCUGUUCCUCCAAAACACAUCUCAUUAUUUUAAUUAUCAGAGUUUACCAUCAUCAGAAACUUGUCAUUUUGGGUGAACAGAGUUCUAUUUUGCUCUUGUAGUUUCUCUAAAAUUGCCUGGUCAUUUUUGGCAAGAAUCAAAAGACAAAGGCAAACACAAGCAUGUGGCUAUCUGCACUUAUUGAUUAUGUGAGUAAAAUAAAGCCUGUCAGACUUUUUAAAAAGCUAAAAGAUGAGACUUCUGUAACAAUUAAACAAGUGUCUGAUGAUGAAUGAAAAUCCUCUAUCAUGACGAUAACAGUGCAUGUGAAGAGACCACUCCUGUCUUUUGUUGAUAUACUGCCUUUUGAAAAUGAACAUGCUACACAGAAUACCUACAGUAAGGGAAUGUUAUUAAGGAAAUGGUGAAAACGUGCAUGGCUGAUAGUUUGGAUAAUAUAUUUAAAUCUGUGACAGAAUGCUUCCCCUUAUUUCCUUAUCCAACCAAAAUUUCCUAAAAUCAUCAUGCAUUUAUUUCAAUUCAGUCACAAGAAAUGGACCUUGUGUUUAUAAUGGCAUCCCAUUGUGUAAACAGAGUGUACUGUACAUAGCUGAAAUUAUCACAUUAACUUCUCACCCCGACUUUUAACUCAUGAGAUAUAUGAUGAUCAACUUUUGUAUUGUUUGGUAAAUACUUUUAAAUGUUUGAAAUUUUACAGUAAAUGUAGUUAUGUUCUGUAUGUUAUUUUCCUUAAAUGCCACAUACUUGUGUUUCAAUUGAAUUGGAUCAUAUUUUUAUACUAAAGUAUAUAUGUAUGACUAAAUCGGAAAAUUCUGUAUUUGAAAUGGCAGGAUUGAAGAAUGCAGUGUAAAUAGACUUAAGUGUAACAGGGUGACUGGUAAUCUGAAUAUCUAAAGAUCUGAAUCCCAUUGGGGACAUUCCUUUUGUUAAUUGCUAUUUUAGAUAGAGAACCAUCAAUGCUGCAACAUGCAUUCAGUUCAUUUCAACUGUAUUUCAUUUAUCUGUUAACUUAAGCUCUUGUGAUUUUAAAGUGAAUAUGUGGGCUGUAACAGGGCUGUACUAGCUGACAACCUUGGGUAGUUGAUUAAAACUUGACUUUAUCAUUUGAAAAAUCAAGCUAGCACUGUAGAACAAUAUUGGUCUCCUCUUUUUAUACUCUGUUCUCAGGUUGCAUAUUUAAAAACAUGGGGUAAUAUAUGCACAGAAUCUCAUCAUUAUUAUCAGAAAUCAUCCAUUGUUGCCUCCUGUUGCUCAACAAACCAAUAUGUUUUUUGUUUUUGUUUGUGACACAUCACAUCUCUGUUGAUUAAAUGGAGAAACAUAAUGCACUCAUAAUUUGCAUCACAUCACAUGCUAUUACAGUUAAGAAGAUGCAGUAAUGAAAAUGCAGUGUGUGUUGUUUUAUAAUCCUGUUUUUGUCAUGCUUUAUGUCUGAUGUUCCUCUCCUCACUCACUGCUAGAUUGUACUAACUCACCAAACAUUUCUUAUGCCAUGAAUAGAUUACUGACCUUCAAGCUGCUUCUACUUACUUAUUAUAUCUUCUCACUGAAUGUCAGUCCCACUUGCAGAAUUCAUUUAACGCAGCUCGGUUUUUCCCCUUGCAAGAUUCCUGGGACUUCGGGAUUAACCACAAACUAUCUGUGCCUUAGCGUGAACCCAUGCCAUAAAGCACUAGAGAUUCAGAAAG